CCUCGGGGUCUCGGAGAAGGGGCGCAGGUGGCCGCCAUCUUGGAUUGAGAACUGGGUCGCUACGCUUCACGCCAGGGGCGGAGUGGCGGCCCUUCUGUUACCCGCCACACACGUCGCCGCUGGGGACUGGGAAAUCAGGGCAUCGGAGAGUGCCACAUUAAUGGGUCUCUGGAAGCUGGCGGUGCCGGGUGUUUCUCAUGUUUUCCCCAGGGCGACAGCGGUCGCGGGGGCGUGGCAGCCGGACCUUUCCCUUGCGGACGCGAAGGCGUGAUGCCAUGGCUAGUCCAGGGAAAGAUAACUAUAGAAUGAAAAGCUAUAAGAAUAAAGCCCUAAAUCCUCAAGAGAUGCGUAGACGAAGAGAAGAAGAAGGAAUACAGCUUAGAAAACAAAAAAGGGAAGAACAGUUGUUCAAACGCAGAAAUGUCUCUUUGCCCAGAAAUGAUGAAUCUAUGCUUGAAAGUCCUAUACAGGAUCCAGAUAUUAGUUCCACUGUACCCAUUCCAGAGGAAGAAGUUGUUACUACAGAUAUGGUUCAGAUGAUUUUUUCUAAUAAUGCUGAUCAACAGCUAACAGCAACACAGAAAUUUAGAAAGCUGCUUUCUAAAGAACCUAAUCCACCAAUAGAUCAAGUUAUACAGAAACCAGGAGUUGUACAGAGAUUUGUGAAAUUUCUUGAAAGAAAUGAAAAUUGCACUUUACAAUUUGAAGCUGCAUGGGCAUUAACUAAUAUAGCAUCUGGAACUUUUCUGCAUACCAAGGUAGUGAUUGAAACUGGGGCUGUUCCAAUUUUUAUCAAACUUCUUAAUUCUGAACAUGAAGAUGUUCAAGAACAGGCUGUUUGGGCACUUGGUAAUAUUGCUGGUGACAAUGCAGAAUGCAGAGAUUUUGUUUUGAAUUGUGAAAUACUUCCACCUCUUUUAGAGUUAUUAACAAAUUCAAACAGACUCACAACAACAAGAAAUGCUGUGUGGGCCCUCUCAAAUUUAUGUAGAGGCAAAAACCCUCCUCCAAACUUUAGUAAGGUUUCACCUUGCUUAAAUGUCCUGUCACGACUGUUGUUUAGCAGUGACCCAGAUGUGUUAGCAGACGUGUGUUGGGCCCUUUCUUAUCUCUCUGAUGGACCCAAUGAUAAAAUUCAAGCAGUCAUUGAUUCAGGAGUCUGUCGAAGAUUGGUGGAACUUUUGAUGCACAAUGAUUAUAAAGUUGUAUCACCUGCAUUAAGGGCAGUUGGUAAUAUUGUGACUGGUGAUGAUAUUCAAACACAGGUAAUUUUGAAUUGUUCUGCAUUACCCUGUCUCUUACAUUUAUUGAGUAGCCCAAAGGAGUCAAUUAGGAAAGAAGCCUGCUGGACUGUUUCUAACAUCACUGCUGGAAAUAGAGCUCAGAUUCAGGCUGUUAUAGAUGCAAAUAUUUUUCCUGUUUUGAUUGAGAUUCUUCAGAAAGCAGAGUUUCGUACCAGAAAAGAAGCAGCUUGGGCUAUAACUAAUGCAACAUCAGGAGGUACUCCAGAGCAAAUAAGGUAUUUGGUAGCCUUAGGCUGCAUUAAACCACUUUGUGAUCUUUUGACUGUUAUGGACUCCAAAAUAGUCCAAGUGGCUUUAAAUGGACUUGAAAAUAUUUUACGUCUUGGAGAACAAGAAUCUAAGCAGAAUGGAAUAGGCAUUAAUCCAUACUGUGCUCUCAUUGAAGAAGCAUAUGGUCUGGAUAAAAUUGAGUUUUUGCAAAGCCAUGAAAAUCAGGAAAUUUACCAGAAGGCAUUUGAUUUGAUUGAACAUUACUUUGGUGUAGAAGAAGAUGACCCCAGCAUUGUACCUCAGGUGGAUGAAAACCAACAACAGUUUAUAUUUCAGCAGCAGGAAGCACCAAUGGAUGGAUUUCAACUUUAACUUACAGGUGGAAAAAAAAUUUAUGGCUAAAAAGGGUAGCUUCAGGUAACUCCUCUUUGUUGCCAAUGUCAGUAAGAAUGUUUGUUUUUUUACAUAGAACAGUAAAGAGAAUUUGAUGCACUUUUAGAAAGCAAAAUGAAACAAAAAUUUCCAUUCAGAUGCAACCUUUCAUUGUAGUUUGUUGUUGUUUUAGUUUUGUUAUGCCUGUAUUUAUAUCUUCUAUUGUUUGGAUUUUUGUAUCUAUUUGUGAAUAAUUGAAUAUGCAAUUAUUUAGUAAUUUAAGCUUGAAAAGGAGAACUUUGGUGAAGUAUUACUUAGUAAUUCUGAAUUUUUUCAAGCAUUCUUAGAAACUGCACAUUAGCAGUAAACCUAUUGAUAAUUGCAUUUUGGCAGUAAGUCUUACACACCCAAUCUUUACUAAAUCUACCUCUAUCUUGAAGCAGAAAUAAAUACAAAAAAGCUUCAGAAGCAUGAAAUAAUGCAAAUGCUAAAUUAGAAUGUGAAAAUAUUUAUUACCUUAAAUUAUACAUAUCACUGUGCUGUAGGUUAUACUUUGCAAAAAAUUGCAACAGAAAACCUAUAAAAUUUAUUUAUAAAACAGAAGAAAUAUUGUACUGAUAAUCCAUUAAAAUGUGGCAAUUGUGAAGGGAGAAGCUGUUUUUCAUGUUGAACACAUUAAAAAGAUUACUUUACAAAAUGUUUAAAUAUUUCUGUUUUUAACAUAUAAGUGCUAUGUAUAUUAGUAUAUUUUGUAUUUCAGCCAAAUAUGCUACCAUUUUUGAAAUAGUGUUUUAUUGUUUUUCACUCAUUGUUUUAAAGAGCAUCAUGACAGAGAUGUCAUCAUGAAUCUAAAGUAGUGCUGCAUAUCUAAAAUAAUAACUAAUUAUUUCUCUGAUUUUUCAGAGCAGUAAUUGAAAAGUUUCAUUUUCUAUAUAAUAGUAAGUUUAGGUACUUGAAUGACAAACUUAUCCUGAAGAAAUAACCUUAUUAUGUGUUAAAUUUUAUUAAAUGCAUUUAACAUUUGGAUGCUAAAUGAUAAUGAAAAUUGCUAAAGAUUCUUUAGUAUGGUUCAAAUCUAUAAUAGACUUUUUUCUUUUAGUAAUACUCAGAGGGUCAUACUGCUGCUUGUUAUGAAUCAUAGAUUACAUUCAUGUCAGAUUGGUCCAUAUGUAUGUUUUGUGAUUUAACAGCAAAAACCUUCAAACAAAGUUUAAAAGAAAGGUUUCAAUAGAAAAAUUAUAUAUAUAUUUAUUUAUACAAAUAUAUGUGUGUGUGUUACAGCUCAACUACUGUUGAACUCAAUCUUUUAAUUUAUAGUUAUACGUAGGCUAUUUACGUGUCCAAUUAUAUACCUAGAAUACUUACUUAAAACUUAGUUUACAACUCUUUUUAAGAUGAGAAGGCAAUUUUGAUAUGAUUCAUGGUCUAUUCUUUAAAAAAAGAUUUCAUUUAUGAUAGUAUUUGUAAUGUUUCUGCUGGAAAUCAGAGGCAUGUUCCAAGAGGAAAAUGUAUAUAGGAGUACUUUUAAAGAAUAUGUCACUUUGUAAAUUACAUAUCAUGAAACUAAGCUUUUGACAAGACACUUAAAACCUACAGCUGUAAAAUACAGGUUUAAAUGGUGUUCGUAAUGCUGAGUGCAUCUGCCAGCCCUUUUUUAUUAUUAAGUAGAAGAUUGUAUCUGUGCCCCUUUUUUCAUAGUGGAAGAUAUAUAGUUGAGUAUAAAAUUGUUUUCCUUUGCAUUAUCUAUAUUCAAAAAACAGGGUAGUUAUAUUAAAGCUUACCAAAUUGAUGGUGAAUUCAUCAAAUAAACAUUUUUGUGGUGCAGAUGGUUCUAAGUAUCAGGUGACAGGGUAUUCUACUCUUUCUAGUCAAUUAAAAUUGAUAAUGCAGCAUGAUUCAUUAACCAGCUGUGCCUCCUUUUAUUUUGAGGACCCUGUAGUCACUAUAAUAAAUUUCUAAGCCAAAUUUUUCAAACAAAAUAGUUCUUAUAGAAGGAAAAAUAAUAUAUAUGUGUGUGUUCAUGUAUGCACACAGAAUGACCUAUGAAAGGAAACUUAAAUUUUGCCGGUAGAACAAACAUAUCUCUACAGACUAUGAUUAUACUUAAUAAGCAUUUAAAUACAGUUAUAUUUAUUUCCUUGAAUAUAUUACUUGGGUAAUUAAUUUUAGAUUUGAUUGCAAAGAGCACUGUAUAGCAGUUGGGACCAGCUCUUGGCUUGGCUUGGCUUAUUGUUAUGAGUUUAUUGGAUCAAGACUAACAAAUAACUUUGUGAUGAAAAUUCUUCAAAAAUAUAGCUACUCUUUUCAAGUAUACCAUUUAAAAUAUUUCAUCAGGCAGAGCCCUGACCAGGAAAAAAAAAAGAAAGAAAGAUAAGAAAAAAAUAAAUAAAAUGCUCCAAAAAGUGUUUUCGGUAGUCUUCACUAGCCCUUGUGGGGGGAAAAAUACUUUUUUAACUUGCUUUUCUAAGAUUUGUUAUAUUUAAAUCCAAGAGAAACUAUGCCAAAAAAAAAGUAUUAUAAAGAGGAAUGCAUGUAGCAUUAAUGCAAAUAUCAAGAAAAUACUUGAAAGAGUCCUUUUCAUUUAUUUAAUUAAAUUUGGUGUUUUAUUUUGUCUGAAUCUGAAUUUCUUCUAUUUAAUCUAUGCAAUUAUGCUUGUUUUAUAUUUAUAAGCACUUGACUCACUGGUGUGGUCUUUUUACUGUGUUUUAUUUCAAAACGUUGUUUUAAGUGAUAGUGUCCUUAAAUUUUAGUGUCAUUUGGUCAACUUACUGGUAACACCAGAACAAGAAAGCAAAAAAGUAAUAAAUUCUGCUGGCACAGAACUAACAUAUCAUUUGGUAACUGUAAAACCUAUUUGCAGUCAAAGGUUGAUUUAUUGGAUAAAGGACUAAAAGAAGCAUAUAUUACCUUUGCCUUUAUAUUUUUUCUUUUAAGAAGGAGCAUUAUGGAAAAAUAAAUAUAAAAAAGUCUUAGUGAAUUUUUUGUUGCGGUUCUCAAUUCAGCAAUCUACUGGCUGCUUGUGAAACUGUGAAAUAAAAUUGUUCUUAAUCUUUA